GGGGAGGGUGUGUGUACGCAGACCUUGCCCCUACUCGAAAGUAGAGAGGCUGUUUCCAAAGAGACCCCCGGCUCAACGUCGAAAGUUGCAUUGCUUGACUAACUGCUACUUCAUUAAUUAAAGAAGCGCAGACAGUUUAGAGAUCCAUUUUGAUUGAUUCCAUCACACCCCAAAGCCAAAAAAUGAGAACUUGAUAUAAUUUUUAAAUAAUUUUUUUAUAUAUUAUUUUUCAUCAUUUUCAUAUACAUUAAAUUUAAAUGAGUCCAAUCAAGCAUCCAAAUUCGAAAAAUAAAAGUAUUUUUUUAUGGAGAGUAGAUUUAAAAGAAGGAGACCUUUAUGUGGGGAUGAUCCCCUUAAAUGAGGGGUACCCUUCUCAGAUUUUUUAGACCAAACAAUAAUUUUUUUCCCUCCCAUCACUAUACCUUCCUGUCUUAGUGAUAUUGAACAAAGAAUAAAUCCUCAUGCCCCUUUUCACAUCUCUUCUUUGCCAAAAAUAAUCAAACUCUUCCUUCUUCUUCUUUUUCUGUUUUUUUUUUUUAAAAAAAAUCUUCUUUUUUCUGUUGAAUUUUCAUCCUGUAAUGAAGAUUCUGUUGUGGGUUUUCAAGAUCUUUGUUAUUUUCACCUUCUUUGUUCAGCUCUCAAGUUCAAUUUGUGCAGAGUGGGACAAAAUUACCCUUCUGCAAUUCAAGGGCAGCAUAGUGAAGGAUACCACUAAUCAGUUAGCUACAUGGACGAAUUCCACAGAUUGCUGCGGGGGAGGCUGGGAUGGGAUUCAAUGCAACGAGACGAGCGGGCGAGUCACCGGGCUGUCCCUGCAGAAUUCGGAGGGUGCCCUUUACAUGAAGGGCACCCUGUCCCCAAAACUAGGGCAGCUGCAGUUCUUGGAGACACUGAUCAUUACCGGGAUGCACCGCAUUGAAGGGGAAGUCCCAUGGGCCAUCUUUCCCAACCUUACCCAUCUGCAGCAGCUUGUCUUGGAUGACAAUGCCCUUCAGGGUACCAUCCCUACAGAUUUAGGGCACUUGCCUGCCCUGCAGGUCCUGUCCCUGAAGGGUAACCGUUUGUCCGGGCAGGUUCCGCCUGCCCUGGGCAAACUGAGAACCCUUCAGGUGCUCAUCCUGGCCUCAAACUCCCUCUCAGGGCCUAUCCCAAUUGCCCUGCAAAAUUUCACCUCUUUACAGUUCAUUGAUCUGAGCCACAACCAGUUUUCAGGGCCAAUCCCAGACUUCCUCGGUCAGCUUCGGAACCUAACAUCCAUUGAUCUCUCCAACAAUCGCCUCUCCGGGCAGCUGCCCGUUUCCUUGAAGAAUCUGAAAAACGUCACAUUCCUGUCAUUCGAGCACAACCGGAUAACGGGCGGGAUCCCGCCGGAGAUUGGGAACAUGACCUCCCUCGCGACGCUCUCAUUGGGCUCCAACGGACUGACCGGGCGAAUCCCGGAUUCCAUUGCAAGCCUACCAGGCCUGUGGAACCUCAGUGUCCCAAAGAACAACCUUUCCAACCCUUUGCCAGUUUCUUUCUCCAAAGCCCUGCUGUCCAUAGACCUGUCCUACAACAACUUCACUCUGGGGAGGAGUGUCCCAGAGUGGGUCACAAGCAGGGGACUCUACAGUGUGAGCCUGGCAGGCUGUAAGCUGGAGGGCACCCUUCCAAAGUUCACAAACCCCGGCUUCCUCACCUCCAUUGACCUAUCAGACAAUGCCCUCACAGGCGAAGGGCUGUCCUCGUUCUUCGCAAACAUGUCCACCCUCCAGAAGGCCAAGAUCUCCAGCAACCGGCUACGCGAAGACAUUAGCAAGAUCAAGAUCCCAGAAACCCUUUCUUUCCUAGAUCUCCACGCGAACGACCUGCAAGGAACCAUGUCAGGGCUACUCAACAACCAGACCAGCACAUUCUUGGAAGCCGUAGACCUCUCCACGAAUCGCAUUUCUGGGAGGAUCCCAGAGUUUGUCUUCACCCCUGGGUUGAGGGGCCUGAAGGUGCUCAACGCCGCGAACAACAACAUCACCGGGUCAAUCCCAGACACGAUUUCGAACUUGGAGGGCUUGGUUAGGCUGGACCUGAGGAGGAACGGCGUGUCUGGCGCGAUCCCUGAAGGGCUGGGGAAGCUGGGGAGGCUGGAGUGGCUGGACCUGUCCAUCAAUGGGCUCACUGGGAGGAUCCCUGAGAGCCUGCUUGGGAUCAAGAGGCUGAGCCACGCGAAUUUCAGGGCAAACAGACUGUGUGGGCAGAUCCCACAGGGGAAGCCAUUCAACAUUUUCCCACCUGCAGCUUAUGCUCACAACAUGGGUUUGUGUGGGAAACCAUUGCCACCAUGUAAGAACAACAAGACCACAUGCCAGUGAAAGAAGAGCUGACUAAUCAUCCCACACCAAAAGUUUUGGUUUUCAAUGUUGAAAAGGGCAACAGAGUACAGGAUUAAACGUGUAAUGCGACGAUAGAGAACUUCCAACCAUUGCAAACAUGCGAAUAGUUUUAUUUUCCAAAACAAAAUACAAAUUGGUUUUUUAAUAAAACAUUGUUAUUUUU